CCUUCGAGACCCAAGACGGUGCGCGGGAUGGCGUACAGCCGGGCCGAGCUUGGCGCCAUACAGGCGGGUGACGGCGAGGUGGAGGUGGAUGAGUACAGCUCCAACCCGACGCAGGCGUUCACCUACUACAACAUCAACCAGAGCCGCUUCCAGCCCCCCAACGUGCACAUGGUGGACCCGAUCCAGUUUGACACGCCCAAGCCCCCGGGUCACACGCGCUUUGUGUGCGUCUCCGACACCCACUCGCGCACCGACGGCCUGCAGAUGCCGUACGGCGAUGUCCUCCUGCACGCCGGUGACUUCACCGAGCUCGGCCUGCCCAGCGAGCUGCGCAAAUUCAACGAGUGGCUCGGCAGCUUGCCGUACGAGUACAAGGUGGUGAUCGCUGGCAACCACGAGCUGACCUUCGACAAGAACUUCAUGGCCGACCUCAUCAAGCAGGACUACUACCGCUUCCCGUCGGUGACCAAGCUGAAGCCGGAAGACUACGACAACGUGCAGGGGCUGCUCACCAACUGCAUCUACCUGCAGGAUUCGGAGGUCACGGUCAAGGGCUUCCGCAUCUACGGCUCGCCCUGGACCCCGUGGUAUUAUGGCUGGGGCUUUAACCUGCAGCGGGGACAGCCGCUCCUCGACAAGUGGAACCUGAUCCCCGAGGGAAUCGAUGUGCUCAUGACGCACGGUCCUCCCCUGGGGUUCCGGGACUGGGUCCCGAAGGUGCUGCAGAGGGCGGGGUGCGUGGAGCUGCUCAACACUGUGCAGAAGCGCGUACAGCCCAAGCUGCACGUCUUCGGGCACAUACACGAGGGUUACGGCAUCAUGACGGACAGUUGUACGACAUACGUGAACGCAUCGCUGUGCACAGUGAGCUUCCAGCCAACGAAUCCGCCGAUAGUCAUAGACCUGCCAAAUCCCAGCAGGUCUUAGUCCCCCCACCCUCGCUGCUGCCCCGGGACAUUAAACAGCUGAAUGGGGUUGCGCAGGACAUCGUGUUCAUUCGAUCCUCAAUUUUUCCACCAUUUGCCCCCUGAAGGGCAAUGCCAAGGCCCUGCCAACACUUGCUGCAAAGGGGAUGUUUAUUGUCGAAGCGACGGGUCUGUUCAGAAAUGUUUUCUCGACUACCAAGAGCUUUUUUUUUAUUGUGAACUUUUUUUCUCUGUCUCUCUCUCUCUCCCGUGCCCCCCCUCCCACCAUCCCUGCAAAUUUCAAUGCUUUGUCGUCGCAUUUUUUUUCAAAUAUGCAUAGUGAUAAGAGUAAAUGGAUUCGUGCACAAUUUGUGAUUGUACAGUGCUUAAGUCGUGAAAAGAAAUAUUUUAGAAUUAAAAAAGGGGGAGCGCGUGGCGAGGGAUGGUGAGAGAUGAGGGUUGCCGUUUUUGUAUUUUCUAUUCGAUGUGGAUGAACUUAUUGGAGCGAAGCGUCAGCAGUGGACGAAGACAAAUCUCUCGCACUGAAUACAUUUUUAAAUAUACAUAUUUUGCAAAUAGCUUUUUUUCUCGUUUUAGAUAACGUGAUAGUGUUAGAGGCCUUGGAGUUUUAAGUGCAGCUGCCAACAUUGAUUUUUCGUGAAAGUUUUAGUGGUAACAUUUUACCUUUACGAUUUUGAUUCAAGUUAACCUCGUAGAUUUUUGUCUGGGGGAAUAUUUUGUGUGCAAGGCUUCGCUGAAAGGAUUUAAGCGGUUGAGAUCCAGUGCCAAUAGAACUUAGCUGUUUUUUUUCUUCACCCUCCCCCCCUUGUCUGUGCUCUUGGUGCUAUUAUUGUUAUUAUGUGCAUUCUGGAUUUAUCCACGCUGGGGUAUUUUUUUUUAACAGGGGUCUCACUGGUUGAAAAGAAACAUCCGUAGCAAUUCAAUUCAGCAGCACAACUCCAUGGAAUCUCUCAGCCUUGCCGAUACCCCUCUGACGCGCGUCUUGACGUCGUACCGUGUGCCCUUUGGCACGAUGUCCGACGUUUCAUUCCACAUGCUGGUGGAAACCUCCCAACGAACGCUGCUGCCCAGCACGUUGGAGCGAUAAAAUUUAACAUCACGCGGCGCGCCUGGCGAAACGCGUCGGAGCGCUGAGCAGCAGAGAACGCUUUGAAAGAUUUAAAUGUAUGCAUCGCAUUUAGAUUGUGGGUGGGGGGAAGCCAUGUCACAUUAAUCAAUUACAUUUUUAUGGUACAGGGGAAUCGAUACAGGCAGAGUAUCGAUAAUUUAAUUGUGGGCGUCCCUGUGCAGUUUGGUUGUGCGUCGCAUGUAACAAAAAUUAUUUAGAAAAUCCCAAACAGGGUGGAUUAGAUUCAUUAUUCUAAUUAAAUUUUGCAUUAAAACAACGUCAGUGUGUGACCCCCCCCCCCCCCCCGCGACUCGAAUGAAAGGUAGUUGUACUAUUUAUAUACUGUAAAGGUCUGAGGUAUGGUUUAGUUGUGAGCAAACAAUCAUAGUGUGUGAAACAUUUUUAUAAGGAUGAUUUUUGUUUUGCACUGUUCAUGGCAACAAUCUGCUCUUAUACCAGAUGUAAUUUACGUAAAAAAAAAUAUUCAGUGUCAACCAAGUUAUAGGUCGUAAAUACUCGCGCUAUAUAUACACUUGUUUCAAACACCGUGUGUGGCAUCGCAGAUACAUGUACAUAAAAUUUGGUUUUCAAUUAAAUAUUGUGCAUUUUUGUAGCAUUUUACCUGCGUGUGGAGGCAACGCUAAAGUUUGGCAAUAUUGUACUUUGUGCCAGCAAAAUUUAAGGUGUUGAGCAAUUAAAAAAUUACAAUACCCUACUGCCUAAACAUGACUAAAAUAAUCAUUUUUUAAAAGCAUUUGGAAUUAAUUUGACAGUGUGGCUGCUGUUUGUAUUUUUUUUAAACUAUUGAUCGCUGUUCCUGUUUGUGAAACUUACAUUGCUUGUAAGGCCACUUGUAAUACGUCCUAAUUUAAUCAAACCAAUUGCUUUGUUGUUAUUUUUGUUUUAACUUAUUUCAUUUUUUUCAUUUUGUUAUUUAUCUUCAUAUGAAUACCAAUAAAGCAAGUUUAUU